CCACCCCAACCCCGUUCCCACCUCACAAUCUCACCCUCAACUCACCACCCAACCCAACUCAAGCACCUCCUCCUCCUCCACCGGCAAACGCAGCAGCGGCGCGCGCGCUCUCGCCUCCGUCUCCGGCGACCCAUGGCCGUGGACCUCAUGGGCUUCAGCCCGCGCGGCGGCUGCCGCCCGUCCGUGGAGACGGAGCAGCUCGCUUUCCAGGAGGCCGCCGCCGCGGGGCUCCGCAGCCUCGAGCUGCUCGUCUCGUCGCUCUCCGCCGGGGGGGAGCACCACCACCGCCGCCGCCCGCAGGAGAAGCAGUCUUCGCCGCCGCUGGGGGAGAUCGCGGACCAGGCGGUGUCCAGGUUCAGGAAGGUGAUCUCGAUUCUUGACCGGACCGGCCACGCCCGCUUCCGCCGUGGCCCUGUCGUCGGAGCGGCAGCUGCGGAGGCGGCUGCCGCGGCGGCGUCGGCGUCACCGUCGUCGUCUCCUGUCUCGCCGCCUCUCCCGCCGGUGACGACGCAGCCGGCGGCCGCCGUGAAGAGCCUGACGCUGGACUUCACGAAUCCCGCCAAGGUCGCGGCGGCGUCGGUGACCUCGACGUCGUUCUUCUCGUCGGUCACCGCCGGCGGAGACGGCAGCGUGUCCAAGGGCCGGAGCCUGGUCUCCUCCGGGAAGCCCCCGCUCGCCGGCGGCGUCAAGCGCAAGCACCCGCACCCGCCCUGCGCCGCCGCCGGCGACGGCCACGGCCACGGCGCAGGCCACGCGCACGCGCACGGCGGGUGCCACUGCUCCAAGAAGCGGAAGCAGCGGGUUCGGCGCACGGUGCGCGUGGCGGCGGCGAGCGCGCGGGUGGCGGACAUCCCCGCCGACGAGUACUCGUGGCGCAAGUACGGGCAGAAGCCGAUCAAGGGGUCCCCCUACCCGCGCGGCUACUACCGGUGCAGCACCGUCAAGGGUUGCCCCGCCCGGAAGCACGUCGAGCGCGCCGCCGACGACCCCGCCACCCUCGUCGUCACCUACGAGGGCGACCACCGCCACUCGCCGCCGCCGCCGCCGCUUGUUUAAUUAAUUAAUUAGCAAAAAUCGUUAGCCCCUUGUGUAAAUGAGUUUUUACUUUUUACUGCUGCUCCUACUACUGGUUGUACUAAUAUUAAAUGAGAAAGCAAAUUUUACCGAGCAAAAUCUUAAUCGUUUGGUUGAA